CAAGUGGUUUGGUUUGGCUGACUCGUAAGGUUUUGCCUGCUCGGCUGCUUUUACUAUACGUACAUGCUCGCUUUCUCCACUGCUUUCACUAGCAAACCUACCCAUCCACUCCUGCUGUUGCUCUCUCCUGCUCCUGCCUUUGCACACACACGAAUCCAACCAUCCAGUCGGGCAGGCAGUCAGUAUAGUGUUCAUACUGCACGGCAUAAGAACUAAUCAGGUUGUAGUCAGUGUGAUCUCAUCGAAAUCUCUGCAUCUGUCGAUAUAUAACUUAUUUUUUUUCUCUCUCCGUCGGUAAAAAACAAUUCCAAAGGUGUAGGUAGAUAUUUACAUGUACGGAUAUAUUCCUAGUAGGACUUAGAGAGGUACAUAUAGUGCAGUUUGUUGCAGGAGUGGGUACAGUAUUACAAACAAACCAUGUGGCAUUUGUCAGUCAGUAUUAAUUAAAUACCAAAACAGAAGCGGCAGAUGCGGAGCCAUUUGCUGCAGCAAUUAAGUAUAAUUAACAAGGUUAUGAACUUGGAAAGUCGUUUGCAACAGCUUAUUUGCUUACAGCUUAUUUGCAACAGAUUAUUGCAUCAGGAGGAGACUGUUAUCAUCGUCAUUAGCGUAUUGGGUGGACAGAGGGGAAAAGAGAUAAAAUGAAUAAUGGGUGAAAUGAGCGUGGAGAAAGUAUCGCGAGGAAUUACAUUUGAGUGACUGCCUACACAACAGGCCGGGUGUAGGGAAGAAGGGAAUUCACAAAAUUGUCAGUAGUAUUUAUUAUCGUGCCUAAAUCUGGGCUACAUACUUACUUUCGUCCAUCCCAUAUAUACGUAUAUACGGACAUACAUACAUACGUAACUCUCUGAGACUAGGGCGAUUAUACCCAUAUUUUUUAAUCGUAGACACAAAUUUUAUUACAAGUCAGGAAAUAUUAUAGACUGCAUCUGUCCUGUGGUUUAGUUAGUUAGUUAGUUUCGUCGAUCGAUGAUCCACGGUAUUAUCAUCACGAUAAAAAACAAGACUUGCAUUUCUACAACUUGUCCUACUACUAAGGGAACGACGGGUUUAUUAUCGAUCAUUUUUUGGACUGCUGAAUAAAUGUUUAUUUCACAUCUGUUGCUCACCUGGGCUGACUCUACAAAUCCAGCAAAUAUUGCAUUACUAUUUGUCCAGAGGAAACGGAUCACAUUACAAUACGCUUAAAGGUUUAGCAUUAAACAACCUGCACACAAAACGCAGAGCAUCAGCAGCAGGAGCAGAAACAGUGUCGUUUGUCGUCUUCCUCAUGUGUUGUUGGUCGUCGUAACAGGUUUAUUUAAUUAUUUAUUGUCAAUAUCACAUCAAUCCGACCGAGUGAAAUCCACCGCGUCUCUCUUUCUGCCGUAAUUCCCUCUGCUUUCCCUCUCGGCAUUGUCCCAAACUCCACGUCUUUCCGAUACCUAUCCAUAAAGCGGCAUGUUCUGGUGAACAAUGUUCCAGAUUACAAGAUGGGUAGAUAGAAGAUAGUGCUAAAUCGAGCCGUAAAAAGAAAUGGAGCCUGGUGGUGAGCUGCUGGAUCUCAAUCUCAAUGUGAUUUGUUGCCUCGUCGUCGGUUAUUUCAUAUCAAAUACUAGUAGAAGAAGCAGUCGAAGCAGGCUCCGCACCUUUGAGCAGGCCGCAGCCGUUAAUAGUCGUACUUCAUUGUAACCUUUGCUGGACAAAGAUAUCGUAAUUUUGAGAAGAUCUCUCACCCAGUCAGGAAGAUAAUCUAAGGACAAAUGUUGAGAAUGGGGUCUGCGUCAACAGAUAAGGAGAAACUGAUUCGCAACGUGAAGAAGGAGGUAAAGUCCAUCAUGGAGGAGGCUGUGACGAAAAAGUUUGUUCAUGAAGAUAGUGGAUGCAUCACGUCACUCUGUUCUUCGGUGGAAGCGUGUGUCUCUCACGGGUUGAAAAGACGGGCGCUCGGCUUGUUCAAGAGUAGUUCGACAGCUGCGCUGUUACACAAAGUUGCCAAAAGUUGCCAACCAGCUGCCACGAUUGUUCAAUUGGUGGCUGAAGUGGAAAACUGCGACCCAAACAAGCGCUCAUCUUCCGGAAGUGAGAGUGCCUCCAAACUAGGAGUGAAGCCACCCUUGCAGAAGAAAAACUCGGUCGCGUCCAUGAAAUAUUUGUGGAUCAGGUUGGCAUUAAUUGAGAAACAGUUGGCCAAAAUUGUAGACUACAUUGUUAUGAAUAGCAGCAAAUAUUAUGAAAAAGACGCACUGGUCUCAGAUCCAGAUUACGGGUCAAUCCUCAGCUCCCUGUUGGUUGGGCCUUGCGCGUUGGACUUUUCCAAGUUGAGGACGAGUGAGUACUGCUGGAGAGAUCCUCCAGCCGACGAAUUAGUGCAGCGACACAGAAUCUCAUCUGGACAAUUUCCUACCCCAGCCUCUCCACCUGCCCAUAAAAGGCCCGGCUUACACUACAAAGGAAGCAUAGGGUUCAGCAAUUCAGAUGACAACAUGCGUUCCAAAGACUAUGUGGAAUCUCUGCACCAAAAUAGCAAGUCCACUCUGCUUUACGGGAAAAACAAUGUUUUAGUAUUCAUUAAGGAGGGAACACAACCGCUGGCAGGUUACCUAAGCCUUCAUCAAUAUGGAGACGCCCUGAAUCUCAAGUGGACCCCGAAUCAAUUAAUGAACGGAUGUUCGGAUGCCAAUAAUACUCAUGAUAAAAACAUUUAUUGGGAGCACGCGUUGAACGUGGCUGUUCAUGAGACGGUGUAUGUCCAUUGUCACCAGGGGAGUGAAAGUGAUUGGAUCGUGUUGGUGGGGCAAGAUGGUGUCCAGCGACCCCCAAUCCAUUUCCCUCGAGGUGGUCACCUCCUCGCAUUUCUGUCCUGCUUAGAAAAUGGACUCUUGCCUCAUGGGAUGCUGGACCCUCCGCUGUGGUCACAGAGGGGAAAAGGGAAAGUCUUUCCAAAAUUGAAGAGGAAGGGGAGCAGUCGCUUUCAUGAUCAAGUCGUGAUGGAGGAACAACCACCUACUCCCACCAUAAUUGAAGAGGAGGCUCCCACGACCGAGACCGAUCAAACUGCUUCUGACUUUGUCUUCCGAAUUGUAUAUCCAAAUUUCGUCCGGAGUGCUUUCCCUCAGGACGAUGUCUUGGAGUACCCAGUUUGGCAGUCGUCUCCAUCAACCCCGAAGAGUGCCGUCCCACCCAUCACGCCCAGGUCGACCCCGUUGCACUCCAUCUCAACCACGUCAUCCACCUCGUCGUCGAGAAGUUUGGAUCAACAGCCAUCAAUUCAAGAGCAAGGAGAGCCCAUUCAAACCGUGUGUCUGACAAUGAAAAAACAAAUAAUCUCGAGGGCAUUUUACGGCUGGUUAGCACACUGUAGACACUUACGAACCGUGAGAACCCACUUACUGGGAUUGGUUCAUUCCGAAAUUGUGAAAUCCGACGUACCCGAAGAUGCCAGUGGUGGUUUGACGGAGGAGAAAUGGAAACAACUCCAAGAGGCGGGUAACAUCGACAUGAAGGAAAUUUAUCGUCUCGUCUACUUCGGUGGGAUGGCACACCCCCUUCGUAAAAAGUUAUGGCCUAUCAUGCUCUCUGGAAAAAUUGAGGGGGAGGAUCCAGAUAAAUUGAGACGUGAGUAUGAAGACCGGAUGUCCGAAUGGCUCGCAGUUGAAGCCAUCGUAAGACAGCGAGAUCGGGAACAAAUGGCCAUGAACUUGGCAAAGCUGUCGUCUGAGGAGACAAUUUCAGAGCCACAUCCUCCUACCUGCAUACUAGAGACGCACGAGAGCAAUGAAGUUUUCGAAGAGAAUGAAGCACCUGCGACACCUGCAAAACAGAACGAUGUAUCAAAUAAGGGGUCGUCAACCAAGGAAAAAUCCAAGCCUCCCGAUAUAACAAAUGAAAAUCAUAAUGAUGCUCAUCAUGAGCGAGACGAUUCGGACGUGUCCAGCGAAGCAUCGCCCGUCUCAUCCCGUGGAGGAGUUUAUUCUAACGAGCUGCUGGAAACGUUUGGUUUAAAUAUUCACCGAAUUGAUAAGGAUGUCAAACGCUGUGACCGGAACUAUUGGUAUUUUACGGAAAGUAAUUUGGAAAAGUUGAGGAACGUCAUGUGCACCUAUGUUUGGGAGAAUAUUGAGAUGGGAUACGUCCAAGGGAUGUGUGACCUAGCUGCCCCAUUGCUCGUCAUUCUGGACGAUGAGGCCCUAGCUUAUGGCUGCUUUCGAAAAUUGAUGGAGCGAAUGUCAGCCAACUUUCCGAGUGGUGGGGGUGCAAUGGAUGCUCACUUUGCAAAUAUGAGAUCUCUUUUACAAAUCUUGGAUCAUGACUUGUUCACACUUAUCCGUCAAAAUGGAGACUACACCCAUUUCUACUUUUGUUAUCGGUGGUUCCUUCUUGAUUUUAAGCGAGAAUUUUGUUACGACGAUGUCUUCCUGGUUUGGGAAACCACUUGGGCUGCGAGACAAUUGGCAUCAUCAGAAUAUGUCCUUUUCCUUGCAUUGGCGUUACUCACAUAUUACAGAGAUAUCAUUCUUGCCAACUCGAUGGACUUUACUGACAUAAUCAAAUUUUUCAAUGAAAUGGCUGAACGUCAUGAUGGGAAACUAAUUUUACAAAUAGCCCGUUCCCUCGUCCUUCAACUUCAAACCCUUAUCGAUAACAAGUGAAUAGAAUACGAAAAAGAAGAUAUAAAAAUCCUACAAGAAACCAAUUCGUAUGAAUCAGCGAUAUCUACUACUAACUAUUUAUUCGUACUAGUUAGUUAGCAACAAUCAGUAUCAUCAAUCAAUACCCAUUCAUUCAACUAAUUAAAAAAAAUAUCAUCCUGAACGAACUAGAGAGAACUCAUCGCUUAUUCGAUGUAAUAAUAUAUAAAUAGCAUCAUCAUAUUUAUGUAUGUAUCUGUGUAUCCGCUUGGACUACAAAUCAAACUAAACUCUCCUUCCAUGUAUGCACAUUUGCGAAUAUUGACUAUUUGCAUCAACUCCACCCACCACACCAUUGUUUACUUUACUAACUAAUUACUAAUAAUAUUUACAAUUAAUUAAUCAUUACUCUCUUUACACUACUAUUCAUUCUGUGAAAAACUCUACUCUGCAACUUGUGUACCUUUUUCUCCGUGUCUGUUAAACUGUAUAGCUCUAUGGAUGUACAAUUUACAACUAUAUACUUGAUCGUUACAUCUCAUUAUCAAAAUUAAUUGACUUAUUAUUUUUGUAACAUUUAAAUAGUUUGAACUCACAUGCUGCACUUGUAUUGUAUUUGCAUUAAAAUUACUCGAAACUCACUUGGAACUGGAUUACCUGAGAAAUUUACUGUUAUCCCAGAACUAAAUAUUGUGUGCUUAUUAAAAAGUAUGGCAACCAUAUAUACCAAAACUAGAGAAAAAAAGUAAGCAAAAAAUGUGACAUAUACUGGAAAUUCAUAAAUAUCUGUGUAUAUACAAACUUGUUAAAAUAGUUUUAUUCUUAAUAUCUAAAUAUGUUCAGGUAUGAUACAAUGCUUAAAAAAUUGAUCCAUUGUCAUGAUUCUAUAUCAUCUGUGGUAGUAAGAAAUCUGUGAAUUUUAAAAAUGUAAAUAAAAGUUUAUGAGUACAUUA